CUGUGUUUGCUGAAUCAUCAUGAUUAAACGGAUGAGGUUGGAGAAAAUCAGGCUUUUGCUUAACACCCCAGCUUGGGGCUGCUGCUUUCCUGACCCACGGAAACUUGGGCCGAACCUGCAGGAUAUAACUUGCUGCUCAGCUGCUGGCUGUAGAAACACGAUUUUGUCUACUCUCUUUAUGCUGUGUUUAUUGGCAUGAGGUGAUCCAGGAAAUUCAAGUCUUGUUCUCCUGAGUGCUGGGUUCAGUAGAUUUUAUCUUGAAGUUCUGCCAUCCACAAUGGGAUCCAAGCUCUCAGUGGAUGACUCUGUGUGCGUUGUGAUCGUUGGAGGUGGUUUCGGGGGAAUUGCAGCUGCCAGCCAACUAAAGUCCUGGGGAAUCCCAUUUAUUCUUGUGGAUAUGAGAGAUGCUUUCCACCACAAUGUUGCUGCCCUCCGAGCCUCUGUAGAGAGUGGAUUUGCCAAGAAAACUUUCAUUUCUUAUUCUGUGAGCUUUGGAAGUAGCUUUCGACAAGCCAAGGUGGUUGGAAUAGACCUAGAAAAAACCCAAGUUUUGUUGAAUGAUGGUAAGGAGAUUUCCUAUUCCCAUCUCAUUCUUGCUACAGGGAGUGAUGGGCCGUUCCCUGGGAAGUUUAACCAGAUUAUUGACAUGGAAGCUGCCAUUCAUACCUAUGAAGACAUGGUCAAAGAGAUCCAGAAAUCUUCACGUAUCGUGGUAGUGGGAGGUGGUGCUGCUGGAGUAGAGAUGGCAGCAGAGAUCAAAACAGAAUACCCAGCCAAAGAGUGCUUCCUGCCAGAGGAGGUUGGGAUUUCAGUAGCUAUGAAGUCCCUGACAAUGGCUGAUUCCCAGUGCCUCCUGUUUAUCAAGGCUAGACCUGGAGCAGCUCUGAGCAACCUCACAGCCCACUGUCCUACAAUCACUCUCAUUCAUUCAAAAAUGGCACUUGCUGAUGUAGAACUUCUACCAUGUGUCCGGCAGGAGGUGAAAGAGAUUCUCCUUAGGAAGGGAGUGCAUAUCUUGUUAAGUGAAAGUGUCAGCAACCUGCAGAUGCUGACAUUAAAUCAGUUCCAGGAGGAUAUGGUAGUAAAGACAGAUAAGGGCACAGAGAUUGCUGCUGACCUGGUGAUUCUCUGCACUGGGAUAAAGAUCAAUUCAUCAGCAUAUAACACUGCAUUCAAGGACAAGAUGGCAAGUAAUGGUGCUUUAAAAGUUAACAAGCACCUUCAGGUGGAAGGCUAUGAUAACAUCUAUGCGAUUGGUGACUGUGCUGAUGUGAAGGAGCCAAAGAUGGCAUACCAUGCAGGGCUCCAUGCCAACAUUGUGGUGGCCAACAUCAUCAACAGUCUGACGCAGAAACCUCUGAAAACCUACCAGCCAGGAUCAUUAAGCUUCCUGUUGUCAAUGGGCAGGAAUGAUGGGGUAGGCCAGAUUAAUGGAUGCUACGUGGGACGUCUUUUGGUGACUAUUGCCAAGAGCCGGGAUCUUUUCAUCUCUAAGAGCUGGAAGACUAUGGGGCAAACUAUGCCCUAUUAAUCAAAAGGGACAGUCUUGAAGAGGCAAGGAAAUGCAGCAACUGAUUAAUAGUUGGAAAGCGUUAAAAUGUGCAUCAUUUAAAAAAAAUACAUGAACUGCACUGGCAUUGGUGAUGAAUUGAUACUGUACUAAAGGGCAUCUAUUAAGAAUGUCAUUUUUUUUAAAGGCGUUUAGUGUUCAGAUAAUCUGCACAGACAGUAACUUUUCAUGAAACUUUUUUCUAUUUAAUUCACAUGCUAAAAUAGAUAAAGGAAUUAAGUUGAUACUGAUUUUUUUUUUUUUUUUAAAUUUGAACAGUGGAAAAAUGGCUCCAAAAGCCAUCCAUUUUUGCCCAAUACCACCCACACUAUUUGUGCCUGAUACACAUGCGUCAGAAACUCUUACCCCCUGGAGAUACUAUUGAGUGUGUGCGUGUGUGUGUGUAUGUAGGAAGAGGAUGAAAUGUGUCUUAACUUCAUAGAAAGUUUAUAAUAAAUACACUUGGCACUUUU